AUGCGCUUCGUCUUUUUGCUAAUAUUUUUAUUAGCACUACUUUUGUCGAUAUGCCAAGGAGAAGAAGGAACUGGUGAUGGUGCUGCGGCAGGUGGUGCUAAUGGUACUGCAGCUGCAGACAAUAGCGGUGAUGAUUCUGGUACUUCUGAUUCAACUGAUGACACGCUUAGUGACCCAGGAUUUGUGGAACCUACGGAAGAGGUCAGGCACUCCAUAGACCCAAUGCUUCAAACUGUCGCUUUUUAUAUGAUGGUACGUUUAAGUUUAUAAACUGGAGUUUGUGCAAGAGCUUAAGGAAGUCGAUUUUUAUGUACUUAAAUUUUAAAAGUUAAAAAUUAAAGACCUUCUUUUCAGGACGAGUCUUGCAAGUUUAUCAGUGGAUUCGUAUUUGGAGAACGUUUUUAUCCUGUUCAGCUGGAUGACAGAAUUAAAGUCAAUAAUCUAGAAAAAAAGGCAGCUACACAGGGUUGUACACGUGAGGUGAAUGGGAUCGUUCCAAUAAUGUACGGUCAUUAUAUUCUUGCUUUGAGCAGAAUUCCUAAUGAAGUUGGUUUUGGGUACAGUGUAAGGCUUUAUUUCGUUUGUUUAAAGACUGAUGGUUCUUUUUUUAUCCUACUACUUUUUAUACCCAAGUUUAUUUUUCAUUUGAAAUUUUGUGAAAAGGUUCAGUUGUUAUGAUUUAGGUUUACGAGUUGAAGAAUAAGAAAUUCCUUGGAGAAGGUGUUUCAGUAGAGAGUAAAAAAUUUGCUCCGACUGAAAGAGCUGAAAGCAGGCUGGUUUUCCGGUAUGAAUGGUGUUUCAACGAUCUGCAAGCGUUUGUUAUUUGCUUGGUGCAACAUGUAAGUUUUUUAAAGAUACAAAAGAAAAAAUAUUUUGAGCGAAGAAUAUGUAUACUUUGGUUGCUACUGUUUCUUUUUAUUGUUUUUUACUUCUGUAACUGUUUAUUUUAGGAAGAUAAAUCUUACAGUAUCAAACGCUUCUUCUAUGAUGUUUUGAGCAAACAGCCUUUCAAAUUGAUGUCUGACUCGCCUCUGAUCUCACUUCCAAUCAACAGGAUUAGCGACAUUGCAAACUUGAUGUACGAUCAAAAUGCGGGUCAUUUUUUGGUUGCUCAGUUAGGCAGCGGCGGUGCUUUUGAUGUAAGUAAAAACUAUUCAAAAAGUUAUUGUUUUUAAUUUUUACUUUUUUUACAAAUUAUAGUAUACGAUAUGUUUUCAUUAUUUUUCAGCACUCGCUGGAAGAACUGCCUUUGUAUGCUCUGGACAAUCCUCCCCGUCACAUCAUCACAAGUUUUGAUCCAAAGAAAGGAGCUGCUGCUACAUCUAUUAACGGAUUUCGAUACAUUUUCGUGGCUCCAAAGCACCAUGUUCGCAAAGACGGUGAGAUGGUGGUUAACGGUAAAAUACACAGUGUGAGUUUUUAAAAAAUAUAAAAAAUGCUAUUUUUGAUUUACUGUCGCAAGCAGAGGUGUCUCAAUUAAACAUUUUAGUACUACCGUAGCGUCCUCGAUGCGUACAUCAUGGAAAAAGAAACUACUGUUACUGGCAGAGAUAUAAAGGGUUUUGAGCCUAAAGCGUUACAUCAUCCACAAAUUGUUCACAUUGACGCCAACGUUCAUUACUUGACCCACGGCGUUUACGGUAUUCCAUUCGGCAAACUGUACGAGUUUGCUGCGAGAUGUGGCAAUCCGGAACUUGACUUAGGUCCUUGUGAGACAGAUUUGGCUGGAUGGGAUCAAAAGUUUAUUGUUGCUAUCGUUUUAGUCUGCGUCACAUCGUUGGUGUUUUUGCUGGUCGCUGUGAUCAUUGUUAUGGUUAUCUUGUUCUGCGUCAAGGUAGGCGCUUUUGAAGCAAUUGCUGCCUUAACGCGUCUUUGUUAGAAGGUUAUGACAGCUACACAAGUAGAAUUGUUUUAUUGGGAUUUUUAACUUUUCUGUUUUACCCCAAUUUCUAGGAACGUAAACGCCGACACAGAAGAAAGCACCGUAAACAUAAGGGAGGAAAGAAGAAGUCAUCCGGUCCACCUAAGCCAGGGGAGGAAGCCAAAGCCGGAGACAAGAAGGACGAAGAGAAAGACAUGGAUGAAGGAGCCGAAGAGUAUGUUUGUGUAUUUUUUUUGUUCUCAGUUGUCAAGUUCUACAAAUCUACCGUAAAUUAUUCGUAUUAUUUAUUCAUAAUUUUAUUUUUAAAAUUUUAGCAAGAAAGACGAAAAAGGCAUGGGUGGAUUCUUUGCUCAACAAAUGCGCAAGUUGGCUCAGAUGGACGAAUUUGACGAGAUGGAGAAGGAGAAGAAGGAAGGCGAUAAGGGAGCUGCAUCUGAAGGCCCCAAUGCGGAUGAUGACUCCAAGUACGUUUUGGCCAAGGAUCACUUUGGUAGCAAAGAAAAGAAGUCCAACGUUCAAUCAGCUCCCGCUGCUGGUGUACCUGGAGGCGAUGGUCCACAGUCCAAGAAGCUUUAA